AUGGAGAUUACCAAACAGAGCAUGGAGUCUCAGUCUGCCACUAUCAAGCGUCUUGAGACAACCGUUGGGCAGCUCUCUGGGACCUUGAACCAGAUGCAACAGCCAAGAAAGCUCCAUGGCCAAGGAUUGCAGCUCCACCAAGCUCAAGCAGUCACUGUUUUACGCAGUGGAAAAGUGGUGGACAACAAAGUGGAAGCCCCUGUGGAAGAACCCCCCAAGGAAGUCCGCAUGGAAGAGCAAGUAAAGGAGCCACUGCAGCCAAGAGAGGAGGAGAAGGAGAAGGAGUCCGAAGUGAAGCUCCACAAGGCUGUCAAGCCAUAUAAACCCCCGAUCCCUUACCCGAGCCGAUUGAAGAAUGAGAAGCUGGACCAACAAAUCACCGAUUUCUACAACAUGCUGGCAGCAUAUUUGAAGUUCUUCAAGGAGUUGGCCUCGAAGAAGAGGAAGUUCGAGGACAACGAGAAGAUUUUGGUGUCCGAGGUUGCAAACUCCAUAAUGCAACAGCCCUUGUCGCCCAAGCAACGAGACCCAGGUAGUUUUGUGAUUAACAUUGCCUUGGGAAAUGGUAAGGAGGCCUCGGGGAUGUUAGAUUUAGGGGCUGGAAUCAAUUUAAUGCCUUACUCUAUUUUCAAACAACUCGAGUUAGGAAAUUUAAAACCCACUCGCAUGUGUUUGCAAUUAGCUGAUAGGUCUGUGAGGUAUCCUCAUGGGGUAGUCGAGGAUAUCCUUGUUAGAGUGAGUGGUUUGAUUGUGCCCGUUGAUUUUGUUGUGUUAGAAAUAGGAGAGGUACAUGAAAAUGGCAAGGAGCAUACUCUACUGCUAGGAAGACCAUUCAUGGCAACUACUAACACGUUGAUAGAUGUUAAAAAUGGCACCAUUAAAAUGACCGUGUUAGGAGAGUCAGUGUCUUUCUCCGUGCAUUAUAAUCGAGCCAUGCCAUCAUCUUCACUCACUAAUGAAUGUUCUUACAUUGAUGUUAUUGAUGGCUUGGCCGAGAUGUUCUUUGUGCAGGAGCAAGAAGUUGUUGAGGUUUUUGCAGGGUCAGCAGACAUGGAGGAGUUUGCCCGUGAAGCCGAAGAAAGAGAGAGGGCCCGCAAGGCUAAACUGCCCAUCGAUGAGGCCGUGGUGAUUGAUUAUGCCACGAAGAGUAAGCAAAAGUUGGAACUCAAGGAGCUCCCCUAA